AUGGAUGGGAAAGCUGUAAAUCAAACGUGUUGCAAGAAGAGAAGGCUUUUGUUGGAUGUCUCUGAUAUUCAGGGAGAGUCGUCAUCUAUUCCUGUAGAAGGCAUUCCUCAAUCAAUUGGGGAAGAACAGAAGGGCGACUUUGGAUAUGUCUGUAAACACUACAAUAACAAAAGACAGCCAUUCAAGGAAGCCAAAGAUUGUUUGCUUUCAUUGAAAGCUUCUGUGGAAUGUCUUUGUCGAAAGAAUUUGUUUCCAUACAAUCCAGAAGUGCUCCUGAAACGAGCAAAUGGGGAGACCUCCGUUCAAUGUUUUGUGGUCAAACGUUCAAAUAUUCAGUCACCUUUUGAAUUGGUUGAAUGUCAGGUGCGGGACGAAAAGCCAGACACAGGGGAUAGGAAGGUGGAGUCAAGAGUGUCUUCUCAUAGAUCACUCUCCUACAUGGAUACAAAAUCUGUGUUUGGUAAUGACCCUGACAACCCUCCGACAGUCUUAGUCCUUGUUCCCAGCUACAUGGCAUCCAGACCUUUUCCUAUAUACAGUAGUUCAGAAACUGAAAAUGCUGCAAUCGUCACCCAGGAAAAAUAUGGAUCUGUUCGCCGAGUUUAUAUAGUGUGUGACCAAGAAAAUGAUCCUAGGCAAACAUGGAUGAUUGGAAACAAUCCUGUGGAUGAAGUGAUGGUCAUCUCUGGUUCUGAUCAAAUGGCCAUGAUUUCUAAACCACAAGAGCUCUGCUCUUGCCUCCUGGAGAUUGGCGAUGAAUACAUGUAA